UGUAGAUUGUGAUAACGACACAAUCCGACAGCGUGUUCACCUCGGCACGGUGCGCUUGAAGAUAUUGGAUGGUUCAUACAUGAUAGGUGUUUCAACUGCCCUCAGUGACUCCGAAUCGUAAAGAUAAGGCAAGUCAAUCAAGACUGGAUGGCAAACUUUGAUUACAUGUAUGUGGAUUGCUGGGACAAUGGCCAGCUCGGAUGAGACAAGGGAGAGUUAGAAUGUCUUCACUAUUCUCUGAAAUGGACAUCUCGUUGAUUGGUGGACAAGGCUACAGAACAUGACUAUCAAGAUGCGACUGCGUACGGAACCUCUUCUUCUACUGGUGUACCUCCUGUUACAUCCGGGUAGUCAGGCAUUCCAGGACUGCCCAGUGAAAUGUUCCUGCUCCGACAGUGGCACAGUGGUUGACUGCAGCAACCAGGGGCUACAGCAAGUACCAACCUCGCUCCCACCUGCUGUAAUCAGGCUGAUACUGCGGAACAAUUCGAUCUCGGAAAUUGAUCCAAAUCGAGUGGUGACAGCACCGCGGCUUAGCCACCUUGACGUUAGCCACAACAAGCUAGCCAACAUCCCAGAAGCUCUCAUGAACAGUCUCCCGGCCAUGACGGUGGCCAACUUUAGCAACAACAACAUCAACAUCUUGGAAAUUAUCACUUGUCGUCUGUGGCCCAGCCUCGUGGAAUUCGACAUCAGCCAUAACAAUGUCCAGUUUCUGAAAUCUGGUUUCUUUAUCCCGUGCAAUGCGCUGCAGAAACUGAACCUUGGGUGGAAUCAGUUGGAAGGGAAGAGUCUGCUAGGAGUGAGGUACAUCAGCGCCUUGCAGCACCUGGACCUCAGCGGCAACCGGAUGCCUAUCCUAAUCGCAAACGCCUUCAUCGGACUUCCUAACCUCCAGUCUCUGAAGGUCAGCCAAUCAGGAACCCGGAUGAUUUAUGAUGAAACCUUCGCGGGCCUGAAUAAUUUACAGUUCCUCGAUUUGUCAUACAACGACUUCUAUGAGCUGGCACCUGCUCCAUUUUACAAACUGAAGGCACUUUGGGUCCUAAAUCUUGGCGGAAUUAAAUUCCUUUGCGCUUGCGGCUUGAACACGCUGAAGACGUGGAUUGCUCAAAAUAAUUUGUUGUUGCAGAGUCCUGUUAUCUGUGUGGUGCCGAAACCAUCGCAGACCCUGGACAUCCGAUACACAGAUAUGCUCCAAUUCUGCCCGCCGACAACAUCGCCUUUAACUUCCGCUUUGAGUACAGAGGCGUCCUCUAUCUGCGAUAGUGCCACGCCCAGCGAUAUGCGCGUGACCAACAUUACCAAUACGUCCGCCAUGCUUCGAUGGGAUACGGGGGGAUACCACCUCCCUAGCGUACUUGUUUUAAGGAAUAUAGGUGGUGUUGCUGUCGUCAAAGCGACAUCUGUCGACCUUGACGCAAAACAGUACCGUUUUACCGGCCUACAAGCCGAUACGGAUUUUGUUGCCUGUGUCAAGAUUGACUUGUGCGGUUAUGAACAAUGCGCUUUGUAUCGGACGCUAGGGCCUGAUAAUUCUGAUCGAACAACCCUAGUCUCACUAACGGACCCAUCGCCUGGAACCCUCAGUCUAGCCGCCGCAGUUUCGGUGUCGGUCAUCGUGACGAUCCUAAUUUUUAUGGGAUGUUUCGUCUCGUACGUGGUUUACACGAAAAAGCUGCAGAUUCUUGAAAAGAUCUACAAAGGAGAAUAUUCUCCAUCUCACCCCGUCCGAAACCCUGCGCAGUCAACAGGUGAUGACAUAGGUGAUGACACCCAACUUCCAGUUCAAAAUGGCGGCCCUGUGCGAACGUCAGCGGAUUGGGAAAGCGCGGUGGAUAACGAAGAGACACUGCAAGUUCCUUCACCAAUCAGUCCACCAGAGUCUUUGUACAAUAACCCAUCCUACGCUGAACCGCGAAAUCCCGGUGAUAUUAUCUGGGGUGUUCCUAGGUCGCCUGCUGCGCAUCCACAGGAGGAUAACACUCAGCGUCCUCCAGCCGCGCUUCCGAGGGGCUACGCCUCUAUUUCGACGGAGGACAUCUCAAAACCGACGCUAACAGUCUACGAUGAUCUCCUUCCGGAAGAUCAACAGAGAAUUGUCUUCGCUGUCGGGAGGUCACCGGGCAAUGGCGGCCAGGCCCCGGAUGUCGUGAGAGAACCACAUGCCUCCUGCCAUGCCGCUGACCUUGUGAAUCCCUCAGAUGUAGAUCUGCAGGUCAGUGACUCUGAGAACGAGGGACAUUACUGCAACAUCAAAGAUUGUGACAUUCAAGAUGAUGUCGUUACCGCACCGCCUGAUGGCGCAAAAUACACAAAUAUUGAAAAGGACAGAGAGCAUGUGUUGGGUGGGAAAAGUGGCACUCCUCACUGGAAAAAUUUCGUUCCGGCAUCCAUGUUUGAAGCAGACAAUUACGAAAACGCGGCUCGCGGAGAAAGAGUUGAGCCUGGUGGACUCUAUGCUAAUGUUGAUCCUUGACUUAAUCACGUGUUCAGCUGGUGUCGGUUGCUUUUUAUAUGUGCUCAAACCUGACUGUAUUUAUUUUUAUUUAACGUUAGAUAUUUUCACUGCUUUUGUUUUUGGUGGUUGUCCAUAUAUCAUAAAAGAUCAUUGCUUCCGCUUGCACCAUCUAAGAUGAAUUAUGGCGCGAAUGGCACACCUCAUUAAAUGUACAUAGCAAGCAAUGAAGACGACUACUGUUGAUCUUGAUUCAUGCACGUGUGAGAUUCUUUAUUUGAAAUGUAAAUAAAUAAGAAAUCAUUGAA